GGAACCAUCUUCCCAGCUCCCAAUUUCAAUCCCAUAAUGGAUGCCCAGAUGCUAGGGGGAGCGCUCCAAGGAUUUGGCUGUGACAAAGACAUGCUGAUCGACAUUCUAACUCAACGCUGCAACGCACAGAGGCUGAUGAUUGCAGAGGCAUACCAGGGCAUGUAUGGCCGGGACCUAAUUGGUGACUUGAAGGAGAAGCUUUCAGAUCACUUCAAAGAUGUUAUGGUUGGCCUCAUGUACCCACCACCAUCUUAUGAUGCUCAUGAACUCUGGCAUGCCAUGAAGGGAGUAGGCACUGAAGAGAAUUGUCUCAUUGAUAUAUUAGCUUCAAGAACAAAUGGAGAAAUUUUCCAAAUGCGAGAAGCCUACAGUUUGCAAUACAGCAGUAACCUUCAAGAAGACAUUUAUUCAGAGACCUCAGGACACUUCAGAGAUACUCUCAUGAACCUAGUCCAGGGAAGCCGAGAGGAAGGAUACACAGACCCUGCCAUGGCUGCUCAGGACGCGAUGGUCCUGUGGGAAGCCUGUCAGCAGAAGACGGGGGAACACAAAACCAUGCUACAAAUGAUCCUGUGCAACAAGAGUUACCAACAGCUGUGGCUGGUGUUCCAGGAAUUUCAAAAUAUUUCUGGGCAAGACAUAGUAGAUGCCAUUAAUGACUGCUACGAUGGAUACUUUCAAGAGCUGCUAGUUGCAAUAGUUCUCUGUGUUCGAGACAAACCAGCCUAUUUUGCUUAUAGAUUAUAUAGUGCAAUCCACGACUUUGGUUUCCAUAAUAAAACUGUGAUCAGGAUUCUAAUUGCCAGAAGUGAAAUAGACCUGAUGACCAUAAGGAAACGGUACAAAGAGAGAUACGGAAAAUCCCUAUUUCAUGAUAUCAAAAAUUUUGCUUCAGGGCACUAUGAAAAAGCUCUGCUUGCCAUCUGUGCUGGGGAUGCUGAAGACUACUAAGUCAAGGGAAGGCUUUGGAGGAUGCAUACUCCUCUUGAUAGACAUGUCUAAUAGAGAUUUUGUCAUGAAUUUGCAUUGUUAGUAGCAUUAAAACAAAAGUAUAAAAUCAUAUUUCUUUUUCUAUUUUUAAAAUUAUUCUAAGCCAAAGAAAACUCUAUUGAUAAAUUUAUGUGAGACUGGAUUUUUACUUAUUACCUAAA